CAUACACUCAUUCAAAGAAAGAAAAAGAAAAAAUAGAACCCUAAAUAAGAAAUUAGGAGAUUCGAUACGAGCUACAAGGAAAAAGUGGGUCGCGUCCCAUAAACGCGUAACCGAGGAAAUCCGUCUCUUCGUUUCCGCCUCUCCGGCUCAUAGGAACAUAUUUUGAACUGUAGUUCUACCAAUUGUUAGCUCGCUCCCCGAAACAAUGGAUGAUCCUGAACUAGAAGCAAUCAGGCAAAGAAGAAUGCAGGAACUCAUGUCCCAGCGAGGCAUGGGAAGCCAAAAUAAUUCCGAACAACAGAAGGCCCAGGAAGAUGCUAGGAGUGAAGCAGAGGAACGCAGACAAAUGAUGCUUAGUCAGAUUUUGUCAAUGCAAGCAAGAGAAAGACUUGCUCGAAUUGCUUUGGUGAAACCUGAGAAGGCAAGAGGUGUUGAAGAUGUUAUAUUGAGAGCUGCACAGAUGGGCCAAAUUGUAGAGAAGGUAUCGGAAGAGAGGCUUAUAACAUUGCUAGAACAGAUCAACAACCAAACCACGAAACAGACUAAAGUCACUAUACAGAGGCGUCGAAGCGUUCUCGAGGAUGAUGAUUAGCAAGUGACAUGAAUUGCACACCUUAUAUGAUAUAUGUAUGUACCAGCAGUCUUGGUUGUGUGUUAAUCGCUUACAUGAUAUGAAAUUUACCUCGUUAUCUAUGUAUUCUGCUUGCUACUUCGUCUUGAUCCCCUCAUAUAUCUCAUCUCAGAAUGCAAAAGCUGCUCAGAAUUAGCAGGUAUUACUGUUAUUACAAUUGUUGCAGUCAAAAAUUUUCAAACAAUUAAGCUGUGUUACAGAGUCUUAACCUUGAACUAUUAUGUUGCUUUCUUAUUUGUGAUUGAUCAGAGGAAUUGAAUUUCCUUCAAUUCUUGGUGUAGUGUUCAAUUAAGAGCCUGAUAUGUCACAGUCUGAUGAAUUCCCACGAAUUUAGAACAAUAGAAUACAGCUCUUGAUAAA